GCGGCAGCGCCGGGUGCCGGCCCAGCGCCGGGCGAGCUGGAGUCGGGGUGGUGGGACCCGGAACGCUUAGCGGGCCACCGUGACCGCCUCUGCGAAGCGAACCGCAGGACCGGCCAGGCCUCGCCGCAGUACUUGUAGAAACUGCAUACUAUCAUAGGCAACUUUAAGAAAAAUGGCCCUGUCGGCCCAACAGAUACCCAGAUGGUUGAACUCAUUUAAACUGAACAGCUUACUUACUGCUGCACAACUCAGAAAUCAUUUUCAGAGACAAACAUUGUUGCAUAGACUUUCUGCUCAGCCUCAGGUGUCCUCUGACAAUUGCUUUCUCCAGUGGGGAUUUAAGACUUACAGGACUUCCUCCAAAUGGAAUAAUAGUUCCCAGUUUACCAAAUCAAGUGGGCAAGAGAUUAAUUCUGCCCAAAGCACUAUGCUUCCUUCUGUGAAUGAGCGGUCACAAAAGAUACCCGACUUUGAUUCUGAGCUGUUUCUAGAAGAUCUGGACGAUGUGCCUCCAUUGUCUCCUUUGCAGCCAAUUUCUGAGCAGGAGGCUGUUCGGAUUAUUGCAGACCCUCCUUUGCCCCCAGAUUCAUUCACACUUCGAGACUAUGUGGACCAUUCUGAGACUCUGCAGAAGUUAGUGCUUCUAGGAGUGGACUUGUCCAAGAUAGAGAAACACCCAGAAGCAGCCAAUCUCCUUCUGAGACUGGAUUUCGAAAAAGACAUUAACCAAGUCCUCCUGUUCCUUAAAGAUCUGGGUUUAGAGGAUAGCCAACUGGGAGCUUUCCUGACGAAAAAUUAUGCUAUUUUCUCGGAAGACCUUGAAAAUCUUAAAACCAGAGUGGCUUAUCUACAGUCAAAAAAUUUCAGUAAGUCAGACAUCACACAGAUGGUCAGGAAGGCGCCAUUUUUGCUGAGUUUUUCAGUGGAAAGACUGGAUAACAGACUGGGAUUUUUUCAGAAAGAACUUGAACUUAAUGUGAAGAAGACUAGAGAUCUGGUGGUUCGUCUUCCAAGGCUACUAACUGGAAGUCUGGAGCCCGUGAAAGAGAAUAUGAAGGUUUAUCGUCUUGAACUAGGUUUUAAACGUAACGAAAUUCAACAUAUGAUCACCAAAAUCCCAAAGAUGUUAACUGCGAAUAAAAGGAAACUUACGGAGACUUUUGAUUUUGUGCACAACGUGAUGAACAUUCCCCACCACAUCAUUGUCAGGUUCCCACAGGUAUUUAAUGCAAGGUUGUUUAAAGUCAAAGAAAGACAUUUAUUUCUGGCCUAUGUAGGAAGAGCCCAGUAUGAUCCAGCAAAAGCUAACUACAUCUCUCUGGACAAAUUGGUGUCAGUGCCUGAUGAAAUAUUUUGUGAAGAGAUUGCCAAAGCCUCAGUACAGGACUUUGAAAAAUUCUUAAAAACUCUUUAGUUUUUGAUGAAUGUUAAAAUGUAAUCAUGUAAAAUAAAAGUAUGUAUUAAUAAAUUAAUAUACUUCAAAAUAAAAUGCCUUGAAUCUCAA